AAGUCAUUCCUGCCUGUGGCCAUCAAACUUUACAACUCCUCCCUCAGAGUGUCAGACACCCUGAGCCAAUAGGCUGGUCCUAGACUUAUUUGCACUUGGCAUGAUUAAAUUAUUAUUAUUUAAUUAUUUAUGGUUUUAUAUUGCUAUAUUUCUUCACUAUUCUUGGUUGAUGCGGCUGUAACAAAACCAAUUUCCCUCGGGAUCAAUAAAGUAUGUCUGACUGUCUGUCUGUCUGUCUGUCUCUCCGUUGCUGAAAUAGCACACACGCUGUUUGCUCCCUCUCUUUUUUGGAAGGAACAGUCCACUUAGAAUAACUCUUCAGAUCUCGUCACACUCCUCACUAACUUCCCUUCUGGCACUUACCCUGCAAGUGGCUAAAAUGCUACACCUGCCCAUUUACCUCAUCCCUCACCUGCGUUCAAGGCCCCAAACAGUCCUUCCAGGUGAGGCAAUAUUUCAACUUUGAAUCUGCUGGGGUUGUCUAUUGUGUCCAGUGCUCCUGAUGUAGCCUCCUCUACGUUGGUGAGAUGGGCAAUAGAUUGGGAACUGCUGUGUUGAGAACGAUUGCUCCAUCUGCAGAAAUCAGGAUUUUCCAUUUCAAUUCCAAUCCCCGCUCCCAUUCUGCACGUUGGUCCAUGGUUUCCUACUUUCCAUGAUGAGGUGACUCUCAGAGUGGAGGAGCAACACCUCAUAUUCUAUCUCAGUAGCCUCCAACCUGAUGGUAUGAACAUUGAUUCCUCCAGCUUCUGGUAAUUUCCCCCUUCCCCUUCCCUCUUCUUCAUUUCCCACUCUGGUUCCCCUCUAACCUCAUCUCACCUGCCUAUCACCUCCCCCAGGUUCCCCUCCUCUUUUCCUUUCUCUCAUGGUCCAUUCUGCUCUCAUUUCAGAUUCCUUCUUCUUUAGCCUUUUUCCUUUUCUACUUAUCACCUCCCAGCAUUUUACUUCAUCGCCCCUUCCAGCUUCACCGAUGACCUCCCAGCUUGUUCUCCUUCCCCACCCCUUCUUUUUCCUGGUUUCUUCCCUCUUCCUUUCCAGUCCCAAUAAAGAGAUGCAGCCUGAAACAUUGACUGUUUGUUCAUUUCCAGAUGCUGCCUGUUCCUCCAGCAUUUUACAUGUGUUUAUCUAUUCAUACAGCCAAUCAUACAGCAGCAACUCAACGCAUAAAACACACACAGGCAUGGCCAAGAGAUUCAGUCGUUGCUCAGACCAAAAAUCAGAAUGAGGAGGAAAUGUGAUCUAAGUGACUUUGACCAUGGAAUGAUUGUUGGUGCCAGAUGGGGUGGUUUGAGUAUUUCAGAUAGUAUUGACCCUCUGGGAUUUUAAAUUUAUAACGCUCUCCAGAGUUUACAGAAAACAGUGUGAAAACCAAAACAAAAAAUAUCCAGUGAGCUGCAGUUCUUAUUGUCAAAAAUAUCCUAUAAAUGAGAGAGAUCAGAGGAGGAUGGGCAGACUGGUUCGAACUGACAGGAAGGAGACAAUGACGUGUUACAACAAUGAUGUGCAGAAGAGCAUCUCUGGAUGCCCAACACGUUGAACCUUGAAGUGGAUGGGUUGCAGCAGCAAAAAACCCCAAACAUACACUGUGGCAGGGGUACCGAAUAAAUUGGCUAAUGAGUUUACAAACAUUGAUUUCUACAGACAUAUGUAUGAAACUCGUUCCCAGUUUCGUAAUUUCUCAUUCCAGACCCCUGUGGGCAUGCUGUGUAGUCAUACUGUGUGGGCUCUGAAAUGUGUGGCGAUUUUUGCGGUACGUGUAACACGCACGAAAUGCUGGAGGAACCCAGCUGGUCAGGCAGCAUCUGUGGAAAUGUUUCGCUGAGGACUAGGUUUGUUCGUUAACACAAACGACGCAAUUCACUGUAUGUUUCGAUGUACACGUGAAUUCAAUCUGAAUCUACUGACACCAUGAGUAAAUCGCAUUCGGAAUCUCCUUCCCCUCUCUGUUCUACAACUGCAGGCAAACAGCAGCGUCUCCAUUGACAAUGGCGGGACAGCCAAUGACUAUAGUUUGGGAGGAGAACUGUGUUUACACCGCAGACGGAACGGAACUCAGAGGGUCGAAUCCUCAGCCGAGCAGUGGGCAUUGGCGCCUCGCUACCUGUGUCCAGGUACAAGACGUGUAGAGUUACACACCAAGCGCAGGAGAAGCUCCGUGUCUUUGGACGGAGGGGCGGUGUGGUCUGUGUGCCGAGGUGACAGGUGAACUUCCCGGGGGCGCCACGAUCAUUGGCACCGGAUCACCUGUUCACCCCACCGGCCGCGCCCUGCAUGGGCACCAGUGAUUGACAUAGGCCCAAGCAAAUGGUCAGCACAGGGAGGCGGGCUCCGCGGGUUACCCACCAAUGGGUGAAGGGUUAGGGAGGGUGUUGGGAUCGUCCGUGGGUGAGGUGCUGCUGCCGAGUACUUUGUUCUCAUGUUGUUUGUCCCUGUCAGUUUUGAAGUGCAGUCGCAGCGGUUCCACAGCCCGAAACAUGUCGAGUCGCGUGUUGGACAGCCCACCUCCCUACCAGCCAGGCAGCGAGUACGGCUGUUGGCUUGUGUGUGCGAGGAGGUUCACUCCUGAAUCCAUCCGUUUUGAUCCGACGUCUGGACACCUGUCACUUCCUCGGAUAUAAAUGCGACUGACUACGCUCGUGUGCUCCCACCAUCCUGGUGGCCGUGGUUCACUCUAUGCCCCGAGUAAGGACAUGUACGAUGGAGACCUGCGAUCACAUCCGGCUGGUUCCUACUAUCCAGAUGAAAUGCAGCAUUUCUACAAGUGGUCUUCUCCUCCCGGAAUUAUCAAGAUUCUGGCAGUUCUCAUCAUUGUGAUGAGCGUCGGCAUCUUUGCUUGUGUGGCAUCUACUCUCCCCUGGGACAUGGACUAUUACGGGGGAGGGAUGGGUGUAGGAAACGGCAUGGGAUAUGGGGGUUAUGGAGGUUAUGGGGGAGUUGGCACUGGAUUUGGAUCUGGUACAGGCUACGGAUACGGAGCUGGAGUCGGAGCAUAUGGAUACGGAGGCGGUUACACUGAUCCGCGGGCGGCUAAAGGCUUCAUGAUUGCGUUAGCGGCCGUCUCCUUCAUAACACUGCUCAUUGUCUUCAUCAUCCUCGUUUCUAGGGCCAGUCUUUCAAGAACAAGGAAGUUUUAUUUAAUUCUGAUCAUUUCAUGUGCAGUUGUCGGCUUUAUAAUGUUUGUGGCGACGAUUGUCUACAUCAUGGGAGUCAAUCCCACUGCGCAGGCUGCUGGGUCAGUGUUUUACAAUCAGCUGCUGACGCUCUGUAAUCAGUUCUACAUCCCAUCCACUACUGGAGUCUUCACUAACCAGUAUCUCUACCAUUACUGUGUUGUCGAACCACAGGAGGCCCUAGCAAUUGUCAUGGGAUUCAUGAUUGUAAUAGCUUUGGGUCUGAUCAUCUUCUUUGCAUAUAAAACACGAAGCAAGAUUUCACGAUACAGUAAAGACAACAUCCUGUGGGAUAAGAUUCCCAUGGAAAGUGAAAUGGCUCCAGAUGUCGAGGAGUGGGUGAACAAUGUGUCUGGGGUUCCAGAAGAGCUGGUGACAGACGGUUAUUAUAAACCCAGCGGUUCCCUGAAUGAAACAGAGUACGAGCCCAAUCGAGUACAACCUGACGGGGCUCCUCGUUUUCUGGAAAGUUCAAUUCCAUUAAUGCAUGAGCAGCCCCCUCUACGUUCAUCUAGCUGGGACUCCGAUGAAAGCAAGCCGACCACACAGAGAAAACCGCCGAGGAAGAGGAGACCUGGAAGACCAAAACGACCAGAUGCUGAUGAAUAUGAAACAGAUUAUACAACUGGUGCAGAAUCCUGCGAUGAAUUGGAUGAAGAGGAUUUGGAGAGUCGGUAUCCUCCAAUCACUUCAGACCAACAGAGGCAGGAGUAUAAGAGGGAAUUUGACAGUGAUCUGCAACAAUACAAGCGUCUCCAAGGUGAUCUGGAUGAAAUAAAUAAACAGUUCUCCCAGCUGGACAAGCAGAUUGACGAAAGAGAGGACAGUGAACAGUACGAGGAUGUUGCUGUUGAAUAUAACAGACUAAAAGAAGUUAAGAACUCUGUAGAAUAUCGAGAGAAGAAGAAACAUUGCAAGCAGCUCAAGACAAAAUUGGCUCAUAUCAAACAGAUGGUCAAUAACUAUGACAGCCAGAGGUCCUGAAUGCCAAAUCAUGUACCCCUCACAGGACAGUGAAGCUAAUGAUGGUUACCACAGAGGGCCAUAUAUGGCAUUUCAUGUGAAAUGCAAAGCCAAGACUCUUCCAAGGAGCAUUCUAUGGUUUCACUUACUUCAUUGUGCUUUGACAAGAUUUGAAAUCAUAUUUUUCUGCAUCUUAUCGAGUUUUGAUUUUACAAAUUUGACAUUUGUAUUCUGUUGGAUGAAAAAUAUUUGCAAUGUUUCACAAACAGUACAAAACGUUGAAUUUAACAAACUAAAGCCUUGGGUUUUAUGGUUCUUCAAUUCUUAGCAUUAACCUGUCAGCUUUAAUAGAGCGGGUUAACUGCAGGAAAAGUGAUUUUGUUUUGUGUUGUAAUGUUGUUUCUUCCAUCGUUGUGAGGGAUUUACUCAAAUUACUUUGAACAUUUACAAACCAGCUUUUAGUAAUAUCAAAGCCAAUUAAUAGCAUUAAUAUUGUUUAUAUAUUAAAAAAGGCUUUAUACAAAUUGAAGUGGUAAAAAAAGUAACAUUAGGUAUUAUAAACUGUUUUUAAUAGUUACAGAUAGAUCAGACAAUUGUCCUGUAAUGUAUUGAUCAUUCUGUGUUGAUCAAUCCAAUACACAAGUUGGGUCAGACAACCAUUCUGUGGAUCAAUAAAUAUUGAAGCAGGGUAAUAAUCUGACAUAACUUUUUAAACAUUUAAUCUAUGCAAUUAUUAUCAGAACUGUUUGAUUAAUGCUUGAUCAAUAACCAGGGAGGAUGUGUAUGCCAUGUAGAUAAGGGGGGACAGACACAGUGGCAAGGUUGAUUUUGUUGGUGGAAUAUUAUGUUCACCUGCUUUGCACAUUACAUGCAGGGUAUGGCACCGCAAAUAGAUGCAGCUGAAAUGGUUGUUUUUAAAUUGCAGACAAAUUAAGUUUUUUAUUGAAAUUAAACUGUACAUUAUAUUUUAAAGGUUCCUGAUACCAGCAUGUACUGUUGCAUUUCAUAUAUACCUGCAAAUAAAUUUAAGGUCUUAAAUUUUUGAAUGUAAGCACCUGCUUUUUUACAUACAAUUUACAAAAUUAAGCAAGUUUAAAUUGUCAAUAAAAUCUGAUGUACAUUUUAAUUGGUAUUUUUAAACUUUAUUUUACUGUUUAAUAAACAUUCCAGUGGUUUA